AAGAAGAAGAAGGGCGCGCAGGAACGGGGAGAGCCGUUGUUCACCGUCAUCGUACAACUUGCUAACCCGCGGCGUACUACAAUUUGGAGGCAGCUGACUGCGUGCUUGCAUGCUCGCUACAAUUUAAACCGUUGCAUUAUUGUGUUAUGGUCGAAAAGUAGCGGGUUUGAACGUAGUCUUUUGUUUGCAGUAGCGGUGCUUGUUGGCUAACGUUAUACGAGUGUGUAGCUAAAACCGGUGGCACGUUUAUCGCCAUUUUGCGCGUUCAACAGCCCAGGACUUGGCCAGCAGCAAGCAUGGCAGAGGCAGACCGACCAGGGAAGCUGUUCAUCGGAGGACUGAACACAGAGACCACCGAGAAGGCCCUUGAGCAGUACUUCAGCAAAUAUGGCAGGAUUGUCGAAGUUCUUUUGAUGAAAGAUCGUGAAACAAACAAAUCAAGAGGCUUCGCAUUCGUUACUUUUGAAAGUCCAGCCGAUGCAAAGGAUGCAGCACGAGAGAUGAAUGGAAAGUCUCUUGAUGGCAAGCCCAUCAAGGUGGAGCAGGCUACAAAGCCUCAGUUUGAGAGCGCUGGAAGACGAGGACCUCCUCCCAUGCACUCACGCAGUCGGGGUCCACCCAGAGGGCCUCGUGGAUCCAGAGGAGGUCCUGGUGGCAUGAGGGGCCCCCCAUCCAGAGACUACUAUGAUAAUUCGGGGAGUGUUGAACCCUUCUUCAAGGGGAUGUCAUCCAGAGGACCCCCUCCAAUGAAGCGAGGGCCCCCAGUUCGUAACGGAGGCCCCCCACACAAGAGACCCGCCCCAUCUGGUCCAAUGAGCAGACCCCCCAUGUCAAGGGACAGGGAUCCCUAUGGUCCACCUCCACCUCGCAGAGACUCCAUGAUGUCCAGGAGGGAUGAUUAUCCAUCACCAAGAGAUGAUCACUACAGUUCAAAAGACAGCUACUCCAGCCGGGACUACAAUUCCAGGGAUUCAAGGGACUAUGGACCUCCUCCCAGAGAUUACUCAUACAGAGAAUAUUCAAAUUCCAGUUCCCGAGAUGACUACGGCUCAAUGUCAAGAGGAUACAGUGACCGAGAUGGUUAUGGGGGAGGCCGGGAAACAAGAAGCUACAUGGAACGUCCCAGUGGUGGCUCCUACCGAGAUUCAUAUGACGGUUACGGUAACUCUCGCAGCGCCCCACCUUCACGGGGUCCCCCACCAUCCUAUGGUGGGAGCAGUGGAAGCAGUCGUUACGAUGACUAUGGCAGCAGUUCCAGGGAUGGCUAUGGCAGUCGUGACAGUUACCCCAGCAGUCGGAGCGACCCAUAUCCACCUAGCCGUGGUGAGCGAAUGGGCAGGCAGGAAAGGGGCCCAGCUCCCCCUGCCGAUAGAGGCUACCCUCCUCGUGACUCGUACAGCAGCUCAAGUCGCGGAGGGCCACGUGGUGGCCGUGGUGGCAAUCGAGCCGAUAGGGGAAUGGCUCGCAGCAGAUACUAAACUGGACUUGGAAAUCACAUUGAAGCAAAUGCUGUUCUCCGUGCACACAUAACAGGUGUUUUGGAAGAAGUCUAACACCAAAACCUACUAGCCAUGUCUAAAUCUGUGAAGCUUAGCUUUGAAGUGUAUCUUGACUUUCCCAGUUUUUUAUGUGUAAAGUUUUUUUGUUUUAUUUUUUAGUAUUUCUCUUGCUCAUGUUGCAGUACAGUUACCACGUGAGUGUUAGAUUUUGUACGUUCAUUGCUGUUGGAUCUGCAAUGCCCUCCAAGUGUGGCUUUCCUACUCUAAUAAAGCUUUUAGUUGUACCUCGA